CACACUCAUCACACUCACAUCAACACCUGCUCUCUCUCUCUCUCUCUCUCUCUCAGUUUUGCAGCUUAAGAUUCUGAGAGAGGCUUUGGAGUUUGGGGAAAAGAAAAGCCAAGCAUUUGGGAUUACGAGGCUGCCCUACGAUUCUACUUAGCCUUUGAUCUCUGCUUUCACCUUUCUGUUCUCACAGACCAAUGAGCCACCGACACGUAUUGCUUCUUCUUCGAGGCAGUCGCAGUUUCCGUUAAUGGCGUUUCCUGUCUCUGCAUCACCAAAGAUUCACUCUGACUGGCCAGCAUUGUUGUGAAUCAAUCCAUCUGCUCAGCUGAAUAAGAACAUAUGGAGCUUCCUUGUAGCAAGGUUUUCCAGGUACGAUAAACCAGGGCAUUGCAGAUACCACCAUGGAUGGCUGUUUAGAACCCAUAAAGAAUUCCAAUGAUCAACAAUCUCUAGGAACUUCUGGUAACAUGUUGCGCCAAAUAAAUGCAAGUAUAAAUCUGCAAGACAAGGCCCAAUCAAGAAAGCCUGGUUUGUCCUAUGCCGAUCUCCAUCAUGAGAUUACAAGAAAUGUAAAAGAUAUCCCAUCUAAUUCUGUUGGGAACCACCAAAAGCAGCGGAUUAAUAGAAAGACAACUGCUGAAGAAGAACUUGUUAGGCACAUGUCAAAUUUGCCAAGUUAUCUUGAGAGAGGAAAAAACCUUCAGGAGAAAGUUUUAAAUGUUGGGGUCCUAGACUGGGGCCGCCUAGAAAAAUGGCAGUGUAGCCAUAAACAGAUGCCAUACAGGAGUAGCCGUUAUUCACCGUCCAGUAGUAAUACAACCUCAUGUUUUUCGACGGAUGGAUCAUCAACCCAUUCCAGCCGAGGUCACAGCCGUUCUCCUGCUCAGCCAAGGAUGCAUCGUCAUUCACUGCAAUCUCAUUUCACGAAAUCUCCAACAGAAGGCCAUUCCGAAGUUGUCACCUCUUUUGGAGAAAGGGUUGAAAAGUUUGAAGACCUUAAAGCUGACCAGAGUAGCACCGUGAAUGGGUCGGAAAAGUUCAUUGGAACAGAUACAUCUCUAUGCAGAAGCCGCAUAGACACGAAGGUGGAACAGAGCAAGAGUAAAGAUUCAGAUGCAAAGAGUGAGCCAGAAAAAAGAAGUUUGUGGAAUGGCCCACAUUUGGAAAUGGCAGCUCAUUUAAAGGUAAAGAAAAAGACUCAAGUUGGUGAAUUUAUUCAGAAAGCAGAGAACUUACAGAAACCAUAUUCAGAAAAUUUUGAAUUAGAUAUUCCUGAAGGAUGCAAGAAAGUUGUUCUGCUUUUGCCUAGAGAUUUUCCCGAAAACAAUCACUCUGGGGUUUCCCACCUUUCUGAUUCAACAACACUGCUUCAUCAAAGAGCAGAGAAAACUACUCGAGCAAGCUCUUCAGAGAGACCCAAAGAGGCCUGCCAUGCAGAGCUCAAUUCUGAUUUCCCACAUUUGUGCCAUUUUCCUUCUGAAGUUGAAAGUAAACACUCUCGGGUAAAACACCUUGGCUCCACAGAUGGUGCGACUCUCAGAUUUCAAUCUAAUACACCUAGCUCAGCAUCAUUGUCAGCUAAAACAGGAACAAACCCAUACAGAGGCAGAAAUGUAGAAGAGAAAAAAGUAGCAGUAGUGUCCACAUCUUCUUCAACUGUAAGUGAGCCUUAUAAAGGAUUGGAUCUGAAACCAAGCAAAGCAACUGCUGAAAAAGUAGGAAACACUUCACCUUUUCGCCGAUUUAGCAUCGGUGUGGGUAAGAUGAGUAAGCAUACGAGUUCUAAGGACUGUUUAGAUACACAGCAGCUGAGCUCAACAGCUUUUUCAGCUAAACCUGGUUCAGAGAACACUGUGACUUCCACAUUCUUAGGUGCUUCAGAUGGUCAAAAGUCCAAUGCCACUGGCAGAGCCAAGUCCCCUCUGAGAAGGUUACUGGAUCCACUGCUGAAGUCAAAGGUGGCAAACUCCCAUCGCUUAGUGGAGCCAUUAGAGAAAGAUUCCAUAUUGUCUGAGGGGCGGGUGGAUUCUUUGUCCGAGCAGCCAGGGAAGGUAAAAUUAGGUAUGACUGGUUGUAGGACAAUUAAUGUCAAUGAGCCAGUGAAGGCCAAGAAGUGUGGAUCAACUGCAGUUCAAGCUCUUCUACGAGUUGCAGUUAAGAAUGGCCUGCCCCUGUUCACAUUUGCGGUUGACAAUGACAUCGAUAUCCUUGCAGCCACGAUGAAGAAGCUAAAUACCUUGAAAAAGGGUGACUGCAGCUGCAUCUACACAUUUUUCAGUAUCCGGGAAGUCAAGAAAAAAAGUGGAACUUGGAUAAAUCAAGGCAGCAAGGGCAAGAGUCACGACUACGUCCGUAAUGUUAUUGCUCAAAUGAAGGUCGCUGAUUCUCAGUUUCCCAAUUUGGUUAGACCGGAUCACUUUACCAUGAGAGAGUUUGUUUUAUUUUCUGGAAACCUGAGACAGGCAGAUUGUGAAACCUCAGACUUCCAGCCAAGUGAUGAGCUAGCUGCUGCUGUUGUCAAAAUCCCCAAAAUGGUCAGUCAGCAAUCCACCGGAGAUUGGCAUCAUUGGGAUAACUGUAGUAACUUGCCUGCGGUUGGUUCAAAAGAGUGUUUGUCAAGGGUGAGACGCCAUUCUUAUUCUGGGGAAGCUGUAGAGAAGCCUUUUGUUGGUGGUCAAGGCCUAAUUAGCACAACAGUCAUACUUCCAAGUGGUAUCCAUAGUCUACCAAGUAAUGGGGGACCAUCAUCACUGAUUGAACGUUGGAAUUCAGGUGGAUCAUGUGACUGUGGAGGUUGGGAUUUGGGUUGCAAACUUAGGAUAUUUGACAAUCAUAAUCCAGUCAAUGAGAAAGUGAAAUCACAUAAGGUUUGUUCCAUCACAGAUCGGUUCGAGCUUUUUCAGGGAGGUUUACAAGAAAACCAGCCUACUUUCAGUAUGUCCCCAUUCAGGGAUGGUAUCUAUUCAGUUGAGUUCAGUUCUUCAAUCUCAAUCUUACAAGCAUUCUCCAUUUGUAUAGCAGUAUUAGAUAGUUGGAACUUAUGUGAGUUCUCGGAGUCAAGGAAGUCGUUAGAAGAAAAAACUUCUGGAGAAAGCAUAUUAAUGCAAAAUGAUGGAUUAAGUGCUCCAAAUCGAACGGAAGGGGAAGUUCCUGCAAGAUAUGUCUCAUAUCCCCCACUUUCUCCAGCCGGGAGGGUCUAGUUUUACCAUGAUUACCUCUUAUAGUUACCAUGUAUCUUCAUUUGGCUGGGUUGGAUUUUAGAUUCAUGAUCCCCGUGAAGAUACUGGUGUCUUGGAUCCGCAGAGUACUUUAGAUGUCAGAAGUAAUAUGAAGUGCAUCAAAUGUAUUCUGAGUGGAACUGUUUCAUCAAUUUAAAUGUGCAUAUAAUGAGUGAAUAGUAUGUUGUUUUUCACUUUGAAUUUUAAUAAACUCAAUUUCUGAUGGGAAUAUUGGAGAAUAAUGAUCCAAUUCCUCCAGUAUUGGGGUGCAAGCCCCUCCUUGAAAUGGAAACAUAAGGCCUUGCAGGCUGUUUAUUUGCC